AUGAAAAGAUAUAAACAAAUAUCAUUAACAAUAUUAGAGAGCAGUGGUAGUGGUGGUAGUAGUAGAAAUACUAUUGUAAACAUAAAGGAAAAUCAAUCAUUAAAAGAGGAUCUAUUUAUUAGACCAUUGGUCAACGGAAAGAUAUAUACACAUGCCCAAUUUACAACAGAAUGGAGUUCAAACUUUAAUAAUCGUACUACUUUUCAACAUUAUGAUUUAUUCCCAAGAUCGAUGGGUGAUUUAAUAACAAGAGUAGGUUUGGAAGAGAUGACAUUAAAGUUUACACAAGGACGUUGGAGUUAUGAAGAAUGGGGAUAUCCAAUUAGAUCGGCACCUGUUGGUGUUGAAUUGGUAGCAUGGUUUAAACCAUUAGAUAAAGGAGUUGAUGCACAAUGGAAAGAACUUACACAUUCAUUGGCAGGAUUGUUUUGUGCUAAUAUGCAAUCACUAUAUAAAGUACCUGAACAUACAUCUUCACCGUUACGAUCAUUUAGACCUGAAGGUGAAUCAAAUGUCUACUAUGGAGAGGAGAAUAGUACUCCUGCCAUUUACAAUAUGCGCAAGAAUACAACCACACCACUUCAAGUUCGUUAUGGUUUGUUGCCACGUGAGAGUGUAUGCACUGAAAAUCUUACACCUUGGCUCAAACUGCUACCAUGUCGUUCGCAAAGUGGUCUUGCCAAACUAUUAAACCCACAUCGUCUCUAUGACGUACAUUAUCAUUCAAUGUCAAUCACCAUCAGAAAGGUUCAAAACAAUCAAAAUAAUAAUCAAGUUCAAAGUCCAAUCUUACAAAGUAUUCAAACUUUAUCAAUUGUUCAUGAUAUUCCUCCUAAAGAACCAAAUAAAAAAUUGAUAGAUAUUAAUUUUGGAUCAUUAUUUGGAGUUGAAAAUGGAUUAUCAUCAUGUCCAUUGGCAUCAUCUAGUAAAGUUUAUAUAAAAAAGAGUGAUAAUCAAUUGGCAAUAGAGCCAAAGGCAACGCAAGACACUUUGAACUAUCUUGUUUACGACUUGACAUCUUGGAGUACCAGCAACCCAUUAAAGCUACUAAUGAAAUGGAACAGAUCUUUUAAAAAGGAUUCUGUAUCUCCAGUCAUUGCUCAUUCUCAUCUUACUGGUUAUGGUCAAGAACGUGGUGGCAUUGCCAUUCAAAUCUAUAAUAAUUUUAAUCAUCCAAUCAAUAUUACAUAUUAUCAAGCUAUUCCUUGGUAUCUUCGUAUCUAUUUCCAUACUUUUAAAUGUUCAAUUAAUAAUAAUUUAAUUUCAAAUCAAGAUUUUAAAUUUAUUAAAUUUAAUCCAUCAGAAUUUAAAUCAUCACCAUCAACUAUUGAAUUUUCAUUGGAAUUGGGAGCAGAUACAGUAGCUUCAAUGUCUAUUGAUUUUGACAAGGUAUUUUUACAUUAUACUGCACAUCCACCCGAUGCCAACAGAGGAUUCGAUUUGGGAUCAGGUGUCGUUACGACGUUUAUCGAUCCUAAAUAUUUCACCCAAACAUCAACCAGUUUAAUGGAUAUUGAAUCGCCAACAAAGAUUCUACAACAAGAAAAAGAAAAGAAACAAAUCAGUGACAACGACGACGAUUCAAAUAGUAUACCAGUUCAUAUCUAUACAGAAGGAUUAUUAAUUACAUUACCAACACCAGAUUUCAGUAUGUUGUACAAUGUAAUUACGCUAACUGGUACUGUAUUUGCACUAUUUUUUGGUUCAAUCAUCAAUAUUUUAAUCAGAAGAUUAAAAGAUACAUUUACUGGUGAUGACUUUGUUUCAGAUAGACCAAUUGCAAAACUUUAUAGAAAAAUAAUGAAAUUUAUUGAUAAAAAAGAAUAA